AUGUCGAUCAUUCAAGGCAUUCAGUCUGCACCGGUGUUACUGCUGACUCAGCAGUUUCAAGGAUAUCAGCCGACACCUUCCAGGUUGCUGGAACUCCCAGCAGAGAUCAGGUUGAAGAUCCUUCGGUAUCUACACAAGUCCUCUGACCCAAUUCGAGCCGGUAACAAAUUGAAGGAGGGCUCGAGGCACACCGAGGCGAACCCGAAUUAUGCUGAUGAUGUCCAGCUUUCAGCACAAGCUUUACGUGUCUGUCGAAUGCUGAAUCGGGAAGGUACUGAAGUGUUGUAUUGGGAGAACACGUUGAACCUCAGCUGUUUCUCUAGAGAAGGAGGUGACCUUCUGACUCUGUCUACACUCGAUGCAACAGCUCAACUGCGGUUAGAUACCAUAGUAAAUUCCGCCCACCGACCCAUGCUGAAGGAAACAGAACUGGACUACACUGGCUUAAACGGACCCACAGUAUACCAAAAGCUUUCUGUUAUCAACAGCUUUCGAAUGCUUGAGCUCGAUAUGCUCCUAGAUGAUAUCGACCCGUUGGGAGUCUAUACCACCGUUUGGUAUGUCCGAAACAUCUUUCACAACAAGAAGCUCGUCAUUCGCUUCUCGGCAUCCGACCUAGAUGAGCAAGACGUUGCGCCGAUGCUUAGCCCGCUGCUUGGACUGCGUUGUGCGCGUCUCGAGUUCUCCAUACAGUAUCACAACCAACCACGGUUCUUCACAGUCAAUGAGCGGCUUACCCAGCGUAUUACCGAUACAGUUCAAAGCAAUGAGCCUGUGGUGACUUACCACGUGGACUUCGGUAAAGUGUAUCAGCGGAUCAAGAUGGCGGAAAGGACUGGGCGCCGAAGUUUCGAAGGCCAAUAUCGCCAGGAACUCGAGGCGCUGACUCGAUCAGUGUGCGAGUACUCGGGUGACGAUUACCUGCGACUGAAAAAGUUAAUUGUAGGCCACGUUGUUGCAUGGAGCAAUCGAGCAGCGGAAGUCCAUAGACAGGAGCUCCUUGCUAGUCUAGCUAGGAUUGACGAGGACAAGCGCAGGGACGCAAAGUGGUUUCUAGAGCUGCUCGGAACAUCAGCGAUGGAAGUUUCCAUGGGAAAUAACAAAGGCGAAUGA